GGCUAACUAGAAGACUUCUUUUUUUUUAUACCUUCGACAUCCAUUAUAGUUACGGGCAAAGAGCCAAGUACUUUGAAUACAUUUAUUUCUUAUCAAAGUGUGAUAUAAAUCAUAGAGAUACUAUCCGAUGAUACAUAUUUUUUUACAAUAUUAUGAUCUAAUAUUAUAUUGAUUCAUUUGGUCAUUAUUUCUGUGCCUGUAGUAGAGCUAACAACAGAAAAAGAAAGAGAGCUUUGACAAUGUAUGUCAGUGUAUUAUUACUUAUCACGGUGAUUAUUUUGUUGAUAAUCUUUAAAAACAAACAACGAUGGAAACAGAAUAAUUUUCCACCAGGACCCUUUUCUUGGCCGUUUAUUGGAAAUCAAUUUCAUUUGAAACGAUUGGUUCGUAAACACGGUAGUCAGCACGUAGCAUUUUGGAAGCUUUCUCAAAGAUAUAAAAGCGAUGUAAUAAUGUUAAGAUUAGGUAUGUGUAACAUUAUUGUGGUUUCUGGUAUGACAACCGUUCACAAAUUACUAUGUAGCGAUGAUUUUGAUGGUCGUCCUUGGAACGAAUUUAUUAAGUUACGUAACAUGGGAAUGCGGAAAGGUAUUACUAUGAACGAUGGAACGGAAUGGAAAGAAGUUAGAAUAUGGGUAGUAAAAGCACUAAAGACCGUUGGAUAUGGCAAACAGGAGAUGUCAAAGCUCAUCCAGGAUGAAAUGGUUAUAAUUCUCGAAAAUCUAAAAAAAGGUGGUAUAAAACAAAUGAAGAAAAUUAUCGCACCCGCCGUCAUAAACGUUGUUUGGACUUUUACAACGGGAAAGCGAAUCAACGACUUUUCGAAAUUGCAAUAUUUUAACGAUCUGAUGGAACGACGUUCUUGUGCCUUCGACAUGGUUGGAGGAAUUCUAUCUACUUUUCCUUGGAUUCGUUAUAUCGCACCGGAGACAUCGGGUUACAAUCUUCUCGUGAAAAUCAACGAUGAAUUGAAGAACUUCUUAAUGGAGAUAAUAUACGAUCACAAGAAGAAUUAUGUACCUGGCAACGAGUCCAAUUUAAUCGAUAUGUUCUUUCGUGAGAUGUACGAUCAGAAAGGAUCGACAAACAUUUUCACAGAGGAGCAAUUGAUGAUGAUACUAUUGGAUCUCUUUAUUGCCGGCUUUAGUACCACCACAAUUACCUUGGAUUUUCUUUUGUUGCACAUGGUCGUUCAUCAAGAUAUACAAAAAAAAGUAAGAGAAGAGAUAACGACAAAGAUAAAAUUGAACGAAUUUCCAAAGUUGGAAGAUAGAAUCAAGCUCCCUUAUGUAGAGGCUUUUAUAACAGAGGUUCAACGUAUGUAUACAAUAACUCCAAUAAUAGGUCCGCGACGAGCCUUUAAAGAUACGAUCUUGGAAGGUUAUUCGAUACCAAAGAAUACCAUUGUCCUUAUCAAUUUAUAUAGCGUCAAUAUGGAUCCAGAUUUCUAUCCGAAUCCGCACGAAUUUAAACCGGAACGUUUCUUUAAGGAUAACGCUUAUCAACUGGACAAGAACAUGGUAGUCUUUGGCAAGGGAAACAGGCGAUGCCCUGGCCAACAUUUGGCAAAAUCCGCUCUUUUCCUACUUUUCGUUGGUAUUAUGCAAAAAUACGCGUUACUUCCUGUACCAGGCCAAAGACCUCAUGUCAUCGAAGCAAUUCCAGGUCUAACGAUAGCACCAAAACCGUACGAGACGAUGGUUGUACCGUAAUCUUUACCUUAUAACUUGAACUUUUUCUUUUCUUUUUUUUCUUUGAAAAUGGUCACGAGCUCGGUUAUAUAUUUUUAUCCUAUCAAACAUAAUUUCGUAUUACUUAAUAAUAUCAGCUUUCGAUUGAUUUUCCAAAUCUGCUUAUAUGUAAUAACCAUUUAUAUUUUCAAGUAAAACAAGGGAAAAGUGGAUUUUUUAUUAAAA